UCACUUCGAUAUCUUAACUCGUUCAACUAUCGAUUCUACUACUAUCAAUCCAAAUUCUACCACUCCUAUUCCUCACCAUGUCGGAGAUCCUUAGCCCUAGACUUGAUCAUGAGCUAUUUGAAGACGGCAUUGAUCUCGAGCUUCACCGCGCCUUCGACAUGUAUGGCAUGCUGGACACUGAGGCCGCGAUUUCCGAGUAUGUCCAGCCUACCAAUCAGCCUAUCAACGACCUCCCGGCCACCAGUAUCGAGACUGAGGCCCUCUCCGACACCGAGUACCCCAGUUAUCCUCAGGAUAUCAACUGGGCCGCACUCACCCGCCAAGAUUCCGUCGACAACCUCCCCGGCGAUCCAUCCGGCACCUCCUUCGCGAAUGAGGGGGUGUCCGGUGUGAGUGAUCCCGCCCGUUUCUUCGAUUGGGGCGCUGUCAACAUGGAGCAGCCAGGAGAUCUCCAAGAUGCCAAUUGGCCCACUCCUCCGACUCCUCAAGGCUCCGAAGACCUCCCAGCUGGCUCUGGUGAGGGGUCUUUGGUAGUCGACCAAGCUACCGAGACCCUCCCGGGUACACCAUCUGUGGAGGACUUGCUGGCGGAAAACGCGCGUUUGAAGGCGCUCCUGGGGUCACAAAAUGCGAGCCCCACCCCAGCUCAGACGGCGAAACCUCCCAAGACUCCUCCCAGGAAGGCUUCUCUACCCAAGACACCUCGAUCCACGCCCAGGAAGAGGUCAGGUCCGCGUGGAACCAGCCGCUCCCCGAUCGGAAAGCCCGAUCGACCUCUGAAGGGUGCCGCGCUCGCAAUUUCCUUGCAGAAGGGACCCAUUGAGUCCAUGUGGAGUGCAGGCACUUCACCAGAUGAGCGACUUGCGAUUCAGCAGCGAAUGGUCCCCCCGCCUCCCCAGUAUGUGCCUCGUUGCCAGCAGGCCCGCAAGUCUCCAUCAGCCAAUCUUGCCUCCUCUGUCGAGACUGGAGAUCCCACCGCCGCCCACUUGGAUCAGAUGAUCGCGCUAUGCAAUGAGCCUGUACAGGUCUCUGCCGUCGACUUCCUCACCCAGCCUCCUCAAGUCGCAGCUACUCCUUCACCGCAGCCGGCUAGCUAUCAAGAUAACUCAUUUGCGUUCGCGGAUCUGGAGAACUCUCAAGGCGAUGAAGAGCUCUCACCGGAGAAUGCGCUCUUGCUUCGCGAGCUCAUAGAAGGAGCUCAGUACGAUCAAGAUAUCUUUUCGCAGAGUGUUCAGCCUAUGCAGGCCUUCGACCCUAUCACGCCCUCCAGGGCCGUCCAGCGCACGCCUGACCAGAUGCCUCAAGCUUCGCAUCGCCAGACCUUCCCCCAACAUCCACAGGGCGGACUCAUUGAGUAUGGCGGCUACACAUACAGCCCUGCAUCCAACAACGGCAUCAAUGCGGUCGCUCCUCCUCAAUUCCCAACCUCAAGUCCGGCUGCAACUCCCAACACACCCACUCCCGCUCCCAAGACUAAGACCCAGACCACCAAGCGGGCUCCAGCAAAGCGGGCUCCAGCCAAAAGCACCCCAGCUGCUACCAACAAAGUCACCAAGGCCACCAAAAAGACGCACAAGCGCACUACCUCUACUCCCAGCCCCGCUGCCAACGGCCGUCAACGCUCUCUCCAAGAACUCUAUAAGGCACAGUUCAUCACGCUCAGCAAGGAAGAGAAAGCUCGUCUGUUGCUCCCUCUCCUCCAGGGUAUUGACCCGGUGACUGGCCUGCAAACGGGCCGCCCUGGUACGCUUGGAAUGGCAAGUUCGCUGAGUGCGUUCAAUCAGGGUUUGACCAACGGUUACGUCGCAGCUCCAGCUAUGGAUAUGGGCAGUGAUAUGAACUUUGGCAACCACAUUGGUAUGGGCAACGAUAUGAACGUCGGCAACCACAUUGGUAUGGGCCUAGGUGAUGGCAUGAAUAUGAACAACGACAUGGGUAUGGGUAUGGGUAUGGGUAUGAGUGGUGGUAUGAACUUGGGCAACAACUUCGCUAUGCCUAUGGGUGGUGGAGUGUUCGACAUGGAUAAUGGUGGUGGUAUGGGUACGAACGCAUACAACAUGGCUCAGGAAGCCGCCGCGGAGCUCGGCAACGGUUACGCUAUGAACCGCCAGAGCGAGGCUCUCGAGCGGGCUGCGAUGCUUCAGACUAUGGGCAAGAGGCGCUAAGGAGAGGGCGUGACGAAUGAGGUUACAUUUUGCUUUCUGGGAUUCAGAGCCGGCGUACAGCAUGGUACACUGGCGUGGAGGACUUGGAGAUGGGUGCUUACAGCCGCGGUUCUGGUGACCGACUGUGCAAUUUGGUUUCUAACACUGCGACGGCUUUCAGGCUAUUCUCAGACAUUGCUCACGAUAUAAUACUACGGCACAUUAGUGCAAGCAGGAG